ACCAAACACUUGUCAAACGCGAAACAACAAAAAAAUAAACCCUUCCAAUGUUGGACAACAAAGUCAACAUGACCGACCUGCAAAAACUGGAGGAGGAGGCCAAGGCGACAGCGACGAAACACGUGAUAAAUAUGCUGCAGCGUCCAGGUCAGUUGGAGAAGGUUGAGCAGUACAAGCGUAGAAUAGGCCGCAAAAAGGCCUCAGUGGAGACAAUGCUGAAAACAGCGAUGCAGAGUCAACUGGACGGCGUCCGAGUGGGUUUCCACCAGCUCCAGAGCUCCCUGGAGAGCAUCGGAACGAUAAAAGAGGAGUUGGACCUCAUCGGGCAGUCAUUUGGCUCAGCCCUGGACCUGUCCUCCAAGCUCCAAGCAGUCCAGGACGAAAAUAUGCGGCACUCGCAGUACGUAACAGCGAAGGAGAACCUGAAGCACAUCUUCACUGUUCCGGAGAGCGUGGAGAAGACGAAACAGUGGAUCAACGAGGGAAAAUUGCUGCACGCCCACCAGAGCCUGAUGGACUUGGAGAAUUCUCGUGACGACUUACUCUACGAACUCCACAAGCUACCGAAUCAAUCGAUACCCGACAAAGUGAUGCUGAAGGCGUACUUUGAAGACGUUGAAACGCUGUCUCAGCUGAUGGAGAAGCAGAUUCGACUGGUGCUGAGUCGAACAUUGAACACAGUUCGAAAAGAGCCCACAGUGAUUGUCACAGCCCUGAGGAUAAUCGAACGAGAGGAGAAGGCGGACCAUUUCGCCACCGAGAGACACCGCCAGAGUGGCUUCAUGCCCCCAGCGAGGCCCAAGAAGUGGAAGGAGAUGGCCAUGAAGGUCCUGGAGAAGUCUGUGGGGGAGAGGAUCGAGGGGACCCAGGCUGAGGACCGAAAAACCAAUAAAAUGUGGCUCGUGAGGUUCCUGGAGCUCACUAGGCAGCUCAUCCUCGAGGAUUUGAGGGUCGUCAAGACCCUCUGUGGCCCCUGCUUUCCCCCCAAAUACGACAUUGUCAAUAAAUUCGUUAAAAUGUACCACACGAACUUGUCGCAGCAUCUGAAGGAGCUGAUUGUUGGGGGACUCGAGGGGAAUGAGUAUGUUUCACUUCUCGCCUGGAUAAUGAAUACCUAUACUGGACCUGAGCUGAUGCAGCACCCAGAGCUGAAUAUUGACACCACUGAGAUUGGACCCCUCCUCAGCCCUGAGAUACUCAAUGAUCUUCAGGAGAAAUACCUCAGGAACAUGUGCCAAAAUUACGAGGACUGGAUGAAGAAGACUGUGGAAACUGAGAAGGUCGAGUGGUGGAGUGGAGCACUGAAUGACAGCAGCACCCAGGACACCUAUUACCACACCUCAGCGCCAGUCAUCAUCUUUCAGAUGAUCGAUCAGAAUCUCCAGGUCACCAAGACCAUCAGCACUGAUUUAACAGCGAAGGCUCUGGUGGUUUGCAUCGAACAAGUCACGAAGUAUGGGAUUAUGUAUCGUCAGGCCAUUCUGGAGUUCAAAGCCAAGCACUUCGAGGACAGAAGCCAAGUUCCGUAUUUCACCCAUCACAUGAUUACAAUUGUUAAUAACUGCCUGCAGUAUGUGGAGCUGGCUCAACAGAUGAAGCAGCUGUACUGGGUCACCAAUGCCAGUGGCGAUGCUGCUGUCAAGUUCGAGAGCCUCUUGAGUCAUUAUCAACAGUUGAGGAAUGAAGCGGCUGCUAUUUUGCUGGAGGAGUCGUUCCUGGAUCUUGAGCCACAGUUCACGGAUUUGUUGACCCCCAAAUGGCUCAAUUCACCGAUUCCUGUGGAGACCAUUUGCGUCACUCUGGACGAUUAUUUCCAGGAUUACAAUCAUCUCAGAACCAAGAACUUUGAGUAUAUUAUUACUGAGGCGCAGAAUUUAAUUGCGAAGAGGUACAUCGCUGCGAUGCUCCAGAGGAAAAUUUCCCUGAAAACUUACGACGAAUGCCUGACGUGCACCUCCAAAAUCAUGACCGAGGCGGAUAAAUUGAAGAACUUUUUCGUGAGGAUUGCCCCGAAAGUGGGAAAUUUUGACUCUCCUUUCGAAAUUAUCAAGCGACUGGCUGAAGUGCUGAGGUGUGAGGACGCUGAGAUUUUAUCCCUGGACCUGCACUCGUUGGUGGAAAAGUAUCCUGACAUGACUGAGGAUCAUCUCGUGAGGCUGUUGAGCCUGAGGGGAGACAUUUCCAGGAGUGAGGCCAGGGAGAAGGUCAGCUAUAUCCUGGAGGCCCAGAGGAACAGACGAACACCCCAAACUAUCACUAAUAGUAUUUUCAAGCACAUUGUCCUGCAGGACAGCUUCCUCAGUUGGAAGCCCUGAGGAAGAGAAUUCUUGAGGGCUAAUGGGACGUAGAGAAACUGCCAGUGUUUCCCUUAAUUAAUGUAUGAAAACUUAAGUUUUAACGGAUUUAACAGUUAAUUGAUUCAUGUGUGAUGUUUAAUCUGCAGAAUUUCAAGUUAUUUGUACGUUGUAACGAAGAGAAUGACAGGAUAUUAAAUUAUUGGGAGUCAAAUUAUUGGUAAUUGGGUUUAUGGCUUUCGUAGGGGACUUCGUAAAAAAAUGGUCAAGGAAACUUUGGGAAAGUGGAGUUUUGGUUAAUUAAACUUUUGUCAAAUUGAACUUAUCUUUUGUAAGAAUAUAAGUAAAAUGUGGGUUUGUAGGGGUUUCUAGAGUGUUAUCUGUUGGGUUUGGGUUCCUCGUGGAAAGAAUAAUCAACAUUUCUCAUUUAUUUCAUUGAAAUGGUAUUUUCUGGAGAGAUUGCUUCGAAUGUUGUGCUUUAAAUGACUGACCAUUUGUUAUAUUUUGUUGGGUUGUGGAUAUGAAUCGUUGUGUUAUUUAUUUUCUCAUGCUUAUGAAUUUGUGUCAAAUCACUUGUUAUUGAGACUCGAUGUUAUUUAUUCUGAAGACGAUAUUUACAAAUUUAGUAUUGUGCUUUGUUUAUUUUUUUUUUCAUUUUGUUAUUUUUGUUCGU